AUUGCGCUUUAGAAGCUCCGUAAUCCAGAAGGAUGCUGGUGGGAAAUGCCUGUCGACAGAGAGGACGAGAUUUGUCAAAAAGCGCUAGAACUCUUAUCUGAUCUUUGUUCUAAGGGGGAGGUUCAGAACGAAAACUGUUUGGAUUUCAUUUAUUAUUUCCGAGACCUUGCCAGGCCGAGGUAUUCGGACUCAGACAUAUCCAUUAGCCUGCUGUCAUUGGUGGUGACUGCUUGUGGCUUGGCCCUAUUUGGUGUCUCUCUCUUCGUUUCAUGGAAACUGUGCUGGAUUCCAUGGCGCGAGCGAAGCCUCUCUCCAGGCACCAAGGAGGGUCAUCCUGACCCCCCUCAUCCUCCUCCUCCACCCCUUCAACCCCAGUCCAUCUAUACCGAAGUGGACGCCACCCUCGACCGCCGGAGUAAUGCCCGAAGUUCAGUGGUAAAAGAGACUACUGUGCCGCCCACUCCGGUCUCUCCAGCGGCUCCAGGAUCUCCUCCUGCAAUGCCAGUGCCUGAGGCAGCCCUCAAAAUAAGCCACACUUCACCUGAUAUUCCGCUGGAGGUGGAGUCUAAGACUCAAGAGAAUGGUGUCCAUGGCAACUCACGCAUGCAGAGGCAAAUCACGGAUCACUCCUCGACCUGUGUCAGGCAAAGUUCAAUUCGCCGUCAGAUGAACCAAUCGAACCCUGACUUCACAGUAACCCAGUUCCAGAGGCAGGACUCUCUGACUGGCAUGAGUCUGGGCCAGCUAAAACCAGAACUCUACAAACAACGAUCCCUAGAUGUCGAGGACAACCGAAGCAGUCGAGUGGGCAGCUGUGGACGCCUCCACUUUAUUCUUAAAUAUGACUGUGACCUGGAGCAGCUCAUUGUCAAGAUUCACCGAGCCCAAGACCUCCCUGCCAAGGACUUUUCCGGAACCUCUGACCCAUAUGUGAAAAUCUACCUUCUUCCAGACCGCAAAACCAAGCACCAGACCAAGGUGCAUCGUAAGACUUUAAACCCUGUAUUUGAUGAGGUCUUCCUCUUCCCUGUGGCGUAUGCGGACCUGCCCACAAGGAAGCUGCACUUCAGCGUCUACUAUUUUGAUCGUUUUUCACGCCACAAUAUUAUUGGGCAGGUGGUGGUUGAGAAUUUUCUGGAUCUAGUAGACUUUCCUAGGGAGACGAAACUCUGCAGGGAUAUCCAGUAUGUGUCCUCGGACAAUGUGGAUCUGGGGGAUUUGAUGUUUUCUCUAUGCUAUCUGCCCACUGCCGGACGACUGACCAUCACUAUGAUCAAAGCACGAAAUCUGAAAGCCAUGGACAUCACUGGAGCUUCAGAUCCUUAUGUGAAAGUUUCUCUGAUGUGUGAUGGACGGAGACUGAAGAAAAGAAAAACCUCCACCAAGAGGAACACAUUAAACCCUGUGUACAAUGAGGCCAUAGUGUUUGAUGUCCCUCCAGAGAACAUUGACCAAAUCAGCCUUCUCAUAGCUGUUAUGGACUAUGACCGUGUAGGUCACAAUGAGGUCAUUGGUGUGUGCCGAGGAGGUAAUGAUGCUGAGGGUUUGGGCAGAGAACAUUGGAAUGAAAUGUUGACAUACCCACGCAAACCCAUCGCACACUGGCACCCUCUCAUCGAGUAUCACAGUACUGGAGGGGGAAGCCAGGGAGGUUCCUGUAAUUCCCUGAAGGCUCCACCAUCGCCAUAGCCUGAGGUCCAAGUUCUCAUAUUUAGACCAACAACAGAAGAGAAUUCAUGCACAAGAUGUUCUGUCCUGGGAUCCAGAGGCCCAAAAUCAGAGAGCUCCAGUUGGCUGUUCCUGACAACAAAGGGGAUAGUGUGCCAUUUUUUUCUACCUGUUCACUUGGAAGCCCUUCCACUGCAUGGGAAUACUUGAUUGUUUCAGCUGCAUGUUGAGUGGUCACAUACUGUAUGGUUAUUUUGUGCUACUCGUGGUGAUUUGGAAAAGACC